AUGUCAGAAGUAAACAGUUUGAAUGGCAGCGACGGUGGAGGCAAAGCUGCCUUUGACCACAAAGCCCGCUCUAUACAAGCCGAGUUUGAUAACACUGCGGCAGCCCUGAGAAGAAAACUUACAGAAGAGCUUGUAGUCUUGCAGGCAGCGACAAAGCAAUUAAGCGCCGAGGAGAGCCGGAAAGCUGCACUAAAUGAACGUUUUGCUUCGCUUAUGUUGGAGAAAGAUGCUUUGACUAUUGACAUUACUGAGCUACAAAGAAGACGCUCAAUCGUGGCAACAGACACUAAGGAGCGCGAAAAUAUAAUGCGGGAAAUCAUUGUGCACCUUGAUAAACUUCCUGAUAGAGCGGAAGGCACCUAUGUGAAAUGCACUAACCCAAAGACCGCCGGAACAUAA